AGAUUUGCCCGAUGUCGCCGUGGUCAAAAGAUCGAAGCUAUCGAGGCGCUUUAUAUUACCAAUUGCUGGCUUGAUAGUCGCUUAUCUUGGAGCUUUGCAAAUGCCCUCGCUCUGAUUCACUCCAGAGUUCGCGCCUCUGUCAAUUGCUGUGAGCCGCGCAAUCCGAAAUCUCCAUCAUCUCACCACCACCACACCAUACAUAAUGUAUAGGACCCGCUGCCUGUCGAGACCCGCAAUACGUCUUUCGCAAGCGCCAUCAUGCACCAGAAACAUUACGAGUAAAGCCCGGCCAAGGAUCCGUGCCGUGGCAGCUCACCCAUACGCCCAGCGCCGCCAACAGCAUUUCGUACGAUCUAUAGUCACAGUUUCAGCUCUUUGGGGCACAGCCUCAGCAUGGCAGUGGUACCACGGGGAGCGAUUGUUUCGGGAAGUGCAUGCAGAGGAGCCGCCGCCGAAAGAGCAGGAGUUGACUUUUGAGCAACCUAGGCGAGCCGCACACGGGGCUGAGGAUAACCGCAAUAUCAUAAGUUCACAGCAUCUGCAAGUGGUGAAGAGUUGGGAAAACCCUGGUGUGUAUGCAUGGGGCUCAAAUGCUGGAGGGGUCGUUGCUCCAGAUUCAGACGAAACCUUCAUCAAGACGCCUAGGAGGAUAUCUUUCUUUGAUGGCAAAUUACUACGGGAUAUAAAGCUUGAUAAGAAUUUUGGUGCCGCGAUCGAUGAGAAGGGAAACCUCCUGCAGUGGGGGAAGGAUUACGCCAAAGAUACAAAAGCACCGACCGAGACUUUGCAUGGCAAGAACUUGAUAUCUCUUGCCAUAUCCAGAGAUCGAAUCAUUGCUCUUUCUGCAUCCGGUGCAGUCUACUCGAUACCCGUUUCGAAGGAGGAGCAGCUUUCUGGUCCUAAGCCUACAUCCACCUCUUGGAUACCUUUCUGGGGCUCUUCGGAGACCAUAUCCUAUCGCAUUCGGACGCCUGAGUCCCUUGGCUGGAACGAGCGGAUUACUGAUAUCGCAUCUGGCCUCGAGCAUGCACUUCUUUUGAGCUCUACAGGUCGUGUCUAUUCCUUCGCGUCAGGGGCACAAGAUUUUCCAUCAAAGGGGCAACUCGGUAUACCGGGACUAACAUUCGAAACUCGGCCACCUGGUCCUUUCGAUAUUCCUCACGAGAUUACAACGCUCAAAGGCUUCCCCAUUUCCAGAAUUGCAGCAGGAGACUACCAUAGUCUAGUAUGUGACGCCGCCGGACGCUGUUUUAGCUUUGGCGACAACUCUGCUGGCCAGCUGGGAUUCGAGUUCAACGCAGAUGCACUCCACAUUGACGCUCCGUCGUUGCUCCCAACGCAGAAGCUAUACGCUGGCACUGGUUUGCAAGCCUCAGUCAAGGGCGUAUAUGCCGGAGGUAACACAUCUUUCAUUACGAUGGAGGCCAACCUCCCUAAAACAGGACCAUCGCACCCUGGCCGUGUGACAGCAGACACUUGGGCCUUCGGCUAUGGCUUGGCAGGACAGCUGGGAACCGGUCGCUGGAUUCACACCCAAUCAACCCCCGUCAAGGUCCCUUCCUUCUCUGGAUUGUUCGAGUGGGAUGAAAUUGCGAACCACGCUGUUCCCAUUCGACUUGCUUACAUUUCCGUCGGCGCUUCGCAUGCCGCUGCCGUCAUGGAUAAUGUGGCUAGUGUUGCGGUGGCUGGAAAUGCGAGGCGAUUGACUGAAAAUGAUACCAACUGGGGCCGCGAUAUUCUAUUCUGGGGAAACAACGAAUUCUACCAGAUUGGCAGUGGCAAAAGAAGCAAUGUAGCGACACCUACGUACAUUCAACCGCUGGACAUCGAUGCCGAAACGGACCGCUCAGCCAGUGCACAGGGAUUGGUGAAACAAAAGCUUGAAAAAGAAAGUCAUCGCUUCCAGAUAACGCCCAAGCAAAAGGUCAAACUCAAAGGCAGAUCAGUGGGGUUUGAGCAGAGAGUAGAGUGUGGACGAGGUAUAACGGCAGUAUAUUCUGGUGCCUGAACAUUCCAUUAGGUUCAGUCACUAGGCGUUCGGCAAAACACAAGGCAAGGCUGGUUGGCAAUCUUUUAUGGUACUUUUGGCGUUGCAGGGAAACUGCGUGAGACUUUCACUUCACGGGAUAUUCAUGGGCAUUUGUUUGGGUCAUGAGGCGUUCGGGGAUUUGGUGUGCCUGCCACACUACGAGAUUAAAAGCAUCUCCAAUCAACUUUAUGUCAUAUAUGUACGAUCAUUGAAUACCUUUGUAUGGUCUUGAAUCCUGGUCGAGCCAGUUGGUGUCGCCGUCACGUCAUCUUUCAAGUGAUCAAUCAAUCAAAUGAAUGAAUGAAUGAAUGAAUGAAUACAGAAUUGG